CACAGGCGCCGGGUCCUCCCUGUGAGCAGCGUGAAUGCGAGACGUAAUUGCUCGGGUCCUGAUUGAUCUGGAGAGGAGGUGUUGUCUUCAGAGGUUGAGCCAUUCUGCGCUGUGAUGCCAAGCGCACAUGGAGGACAGUGCCAAAGACUUCUCUCACCUGGCGAGCCCGCCGUCCACGGAUCUUGGAUUUCCAUUAUAGCAGGACAACAACUGUAUUUAUGUUUUAGGGAUUUUUAAAGAAAGAAUAUUUGCAUUUUAGGACAGUGUUUUGGAAUCGAGGUUGUCAGGGGUUAAAGAAGCUGCUGCGGGUCGGAGUGAUUUUCACGUUUCGCUAUCUCAGGUUAAGUGGCACUUAGUUAAUGCUUCACGACAGUCGAAUUCAGUUUAGUCUGUUCACAGAGUGCAAGUGUUAGUUUGUGCCGUGAUAACGAGUAGACUAGCCCGCGAGCGAGCGCAGUGGAACAGUACCCGGGCUGUGGAGGAAAGUUUGGAGAGCUUCGGGAGCGCACACAUUAGUCCGAGUGUCCGUGAGAUGCUGCUGUAAAUGCGGGGCGAUGUCCCGACGGAAGCAAGGCAACCCACAGCAUCUGUCCCUCACGCAGAGGGAGAACCUACCGACUGCAGCAGAUCAUGACGCAGGGGUGGAUCAGUGCCCAUCAGAGGGCUCCAUAGCCAGCCCUGUGGGCGGAUCCGGAGAGAGUGACCUGCUGACCUGUGGUCAGUGUCAAACCAACUUCCCCCUGGGAGAUAUUCUAGUGUUUAUCGAGCACAAAAGGAGACUGUGUCCCGGACCCAGCGCCUGUUUCGAUAAACCGACUGACUGCGGCGGCUCCCCGUCCCCCAGACCCCCACGGGCAGAAGUCUGCCGGAGGUCUGGACCGGUGGAGGUUGGGAUCCAGGUCACGCCAAGAGAGGAGGAGGAAAAACGACUGACGCCCGCCAGAGGAAUCUGCCCCAAGCAGGAGGGCGUCCCAACAGGAAAAGAUGAGCCCUCCAGUUACAUCUGCACCACUUGUAAGCAACCCUUUACCAGUGCAUGGUUUCUGCUGCAGCAUGCACAGAACACCCACGGGAUACGCAUCUACCUGGACACCCACCCAACUAGCUGCUCGCUGACCCCUCGCAUGGCCCUUCCUCCGCCACUGGGGGCCGAUGCCUUGCCCCGUUCCCCUCUAGCCAGCUUUCUGGGAGAUGGCAGCAACCCUUUCCAGCUGUUGCGCAUGGGUGCCCCACUGCUACGUGAACCUCCACCACCUGGAUACAUUGACACCCGCUUGCCAUCCACCCCGCCCUUUGUAAGCCCUCCGCCGCCUCGCCAUCCUCUGGAACGGCUUGGCCCUGAGGAGAUGGGUCUCCUGUCCCAGCAUCCAAGUGCUUUUGAGCGGGUGAUGCGGCUGACACCCAUGGGCAUUGAACCAUCCAUGGGCUUCUCUCAGCGUCUUCGUGAACUGGCGGGCAACAACAACAAUGGGGGUCCAACUCCCCCUCUUUCGCCUAACCGGGUACCCCCCAUGCAUCGGCUUCUCAGUCCCACUCUCUUCCAGCCCGGCUCCAAACCUCUACCUUUUCUAACCACGCCCUCACAGCCGCCAUCAGUUCCAUCCAGAGGCAGUUCCUCACCACCACUAAAUCAGGUCGGCAAAGCCAAGUCCUGUGAGUUUUGUGGCAAGACUUUCAAGUUCCAAAGCAACUUGAUCGUGCACAGACGUAGCCACACUGGCGAAAGACCCUACAAGUGUCAUCUCUGUGACCAUGCAUGUUCGCAGGCCAGCAAGCUAAAGCGCCACAUGAAGACGCACAUGCACAAGUCAGGUUCCAUGGGGAGUUCACCUGAGCAGGGAGGGCAAGACUCGGCUGGAGAGGGGCUUAAGAACAGUGAGGACAAUGGCACAAGGGAGGGAAUGGAUAAUGAGGAGGAAGAAGAAGAAGAAGAGGAGGAAGAGGAGGAGGAGGAGGAAGAAGAGGAACAACAGCAAAAUGGGAGCAGGCCUGAUUCCAACCUGAGCAUGGACUCAGAGUUGAGCAGAAACAGAGAGAAUGGCCCAAGACCCUCCCCAGAGGAGAAACCUCUGGGCACUGACAGAGUGACAGAAAGCCAAUACAACAACCUCGACAAUCACUUGAGACUGCCACCGGGCAGCAGGCCAUGCGAGGAGAUGGACACAGAUUCGGCGUCCAGAGAGAAUGAUAGAGACAGGGGUCCAAUGGUGAAUGGAAGAGGCUGCGGCCCGGAGGAUUCCAUCUCAGCGCUGUUCCACCGGAAGCCAAUGCCUAUUUCCAGCUCCAGCCUCACUGGCUCUUCCGCCAAGAGGAUCAAGGUAGAGAAGGAUGUGGAGCUGCCACAGGUGCCCGUCAUAUCCCCCGAAAAUGUGUAUUCUCAGUUGCUUGCCGGUUAUGCUGCAUCCCGCCACUUCAUAAGGGAGCCCUUCCUGGGCUUUAACGACUCCAGGCAGUCGCCUUUCGGCACUUCUUCCGAGCACUCUUCAUCUGAGACGGGCAGUCUGCGCUUCUCCACCCCUCCAGGGGAAAUUCUGGAAGGCGGUGGGCUGUCGGGGCGAAGUGGUAGCAGUACACCUCACCUCCAGCUGCGGGGUCCUGGGCCAGGGAGACCACCCAGCUCCAAGGAAAGUCGACGGAGUGACACCUGUGAGUUCUGUGGUAAGGUGUUCAAGAACUGCAGUAAUCUGACCGUGCAUCGGCGCAGCCACACAGGUGAGAGGCCUUACAAGUGUGACCUGUGCAGCUACGCUUGUGCCCAGAGCAGCAAGCUUACCCGGCACAUGAAGACCCACGGGCAGUUUGGCAAAGAGGUGUAUCGCUGCGAUAUUUGCCACAUGCCCUUCAGCGUGUACAGCACCCUGGAAAAACACAUGAAGAAGUGGCAUGGAGAGCAUUUGCUGACCAAUGAGGUCAAACUUGAGCAGGCUGACAGAGCUUGAGACCACUUUCCAAUGCACUGCAUUAUGGGUUUAGCUGGAUAGUCUUUUCCUUGACUAUAUAUUUUUUGGAGUGAUUUUUUUUUUUUUUUUGUGAAAACAAACUGCCACCUGAGAAACAAGAACACAGGGAAAUGUUAGUCUGCGGUUCUAAAACCCUUCUUGCAUAUCCCAGCAACUAACAGAGGAGUAGUCCAUUAGGAAUUCAUGGAGCCUUUCUACUGUGCAAUAAUUUCUGUAUUUAUUGGAUUAUUUGUAAUGAUACAUGGCAUGUGCAGGUACAUUAUCGAUGGGUUUCUAAUGCAUUCAGUUCCUGAAAUUAUAUUUCUACACCCCAUCCUAUGAUAUGACAAAUACUGAGAUUUUGGCAUUCAGCCACUUUUGUGUUAUAAACUAGUUUCCUCAAAGGAAACAAAUGGGUAAUUUCUAAAAGAAGAGGUCAACUUCUAAAAAUCUGAGAACGUUUUCAUGUUAUUGUUGCUGUCAUUGGCCCCACUCAUCAUGGGUUAUAUUCAGAAGAUAGACGUAAAAAGCACUGAAUGUCACUUUGACAAUAAAAUAUUCAACAAUUUUAAGGGGCAAAAAAAAACCCAGGGAUGUUUUAAGGCAGCUGAUAGGCAGUUUGACUGCAUCUGAUUGAUUUUCUGUUGACAACCUUUGAAAUGAAUGAGAUGAAACGAAAGGAAAGUUCAUCAACCGUGACAUUUAUGAGAAUGAAAUGACAACAAAAAUGACUAUAUUUCCUCUACAUGAUUAUGGUUCCCGUAUAUAAACAGUGUUGAGGCCACCAGUGUUGCAUUCCUGACAUAUUUUUUCAAAAGGCUGACAUUUUAAAUAGCCCAGAUUUUAUUUUUAAAGAUCAAAAUGUUUACAUUCGCUCAAAUUAACAUCCAUCUCAUCUAUUCCUUAAUUAUGUUUGAAUGCUUUCCAAACCUUGUACAUGGUCAAAAAUGUCAGUGGCUUUAUAUUGUUAUAUUAUAGUGCCGUCUUUAAUUCAGCCUGGAUUCACUUGUUAAGGGAAGCCGUAAGCUUGUUAUCAUGGGCUCAUAUGGAGGAUUUUUAGAUGCUGCAUUCCUGUUAAAUUAUUAAGGGAAUGUAUUCAUUUACAAAUCAAUCUAUCAUGAAAUCAAAAAUGAAUUAGCAGCUAUUUGGACACCAAUAUAAAGCACAGGUGCUCACCUGUAGAAAUCAUUUGAGUAAACACACACACACAGGCCAUUAAGCUGUAGCAGCAUUAUACGCACCAUCCUGUGCGUUGUUGAAACCGCAAUCACUGAAUUGUGCCGGGGCUCUCUGGAAACCCUGGGUGACUGCUUGUCCUCUAAAGGAUCCUAGGAUUAAAUGAUUUCCUCAUUACGACCUCUGUUCCUACACACUGAAUCGCCUCCACCUGUCUCCUUUCAUACAUCAUCAGCUCAGAUUUAAACCACAGUCCUGUUCUCAUCUGCGUAUUCAUUAUUUACAACAUCCUGCCGUUUAUAUUCAUGGCUUUUGACAGUUUACAUUUUAUUUUUGACUUGAAUAGAAAGUCGAAUUUAAG